UCAUUAUUCAGCGAUAAAUUUAAUCUCCAUAAUUCUCAAUUGCCAUAAUUAACCGCUAUUGGAAAUCAAAAAUUUUUAUCAAAAUGGAAAUUGAAAAUAGAAGAAGAAUAAUAGAGGAUCGUUAAUUCGUUUGUCAAAAAAAAAAAAAGAAAAAACAGCAAUUUAUUUCUGAAAUAAGAUUAUCCAAUAGAAAAUUUCUUCCCUCCUACACCACGCUAAAAGUUACGAAAUACGAAUUUUUUCUCCUCGAUAUUUGUCAAAAAUACAUAUCGAAAAUCCUAUUGAAAUCCUCGAAACAAGACAUUUGACUUUAGAAACAGACAUUUGACUCUGAUAAUUAACAAGAACUUUGGAGAAGGUGAAAGUAAAGUAAGGACUUGAAAAUAUAUGUCAAGGAUUUCUUCUCUAACCAAUAAGACGACCAUACGUCGUGUCGCACAUAAGUUGCACAAAUUGAUUACGCAGAAUAUUGGAAGUUGAACUUUUCCACGCAAAAUAAAAAAAACAAAAAAAAAAAAAUACCAAGAAUGGAGAAUGUAACGAUUAUCGGUCUCCGAGUGGAGAAAUUCAAGAAGGAUUUUUUCAAGUAUUACCAAGAGCAUUUCCCAACAUUGUUUGACAUUACUUUCGACCCGAUAGGCACACACAAGACGUCACGUGCCAUAAUCGGCUUCUUUCUUGGCUUUUUUAUGGGUGUUCUUUUGUACGAACUCAUUAUCGUUGAUUUACAAUUCGACGCAUAUACCACCGUGUGUCUCGGUGGUAUUCUAAUUUUGAUGCUAUCGAUUGGAUGUGCUGUUUCGAUUCAGGUGAGGUGUAUUUGCAUUUUAACGAUUCCAACAUUUUUUGGCCGAGCUGGACGAAGUGUAUUACGAGCAUUGAUUUUUGGAUACGUAAUUGCUGGACCAUUGUUUAAUUUAUUGUUUAACACUAAGGAAGUAAUAAGAACAUUUGGAUGCACGUCACAACUGACAUACAAUCUUACCAAGACAAGAUUCGAUUUAAUGUUUAAACCAUUUCAACAGGCAAUCCAUGCUAUGAAAGCGGAUGCAAACGAGAUAAAAGACACCCUCUCUUCGAUCAGGGAUUUGAUGAGUCCAGUUGUCGAAGAAAUAGAAGGGGAAGAAGAAAUGAUACGGUUAAAAGAGGAGAACGAUUACCUAGACGAAUUGCAAGGUGACACAAAAAGAAGCAAAGAAAUGGAGGAAAAGCACGAGAAGAAAGUUGAAAGUGCCAAAUCGGAAGGUGAGGUGUACGAAGCUAAGUAUAAGAAGAAAAUUGAAGCUCGAUGCGAGGAGCAACUUAGCCGAGGUGCACAAAGAUGUAGGGACAUGUUUGGCACCGCUUAUGACAAAUGUUACGAGAAAGUGUCUAUAUUUGUUGCUUGGCUCAUAUGUUGGCCAAUGAAGCUGACUUUCGUUUGUAAUCUGGUCCAAGCAUUGGGUGGUUCUAGUAUCUGUGAUCCUGAGGGAAAAGUCGAUAGUGGUAUCGGCGAGGGAUACGUCGCUUUAAAAAGUGCCCGAGACGAAUUCAGCAGGAGCCUGAAAGAUGCGAAACUUCAAUACAAAGUGAAAGUGCCACCGGUGAUUUUGGAUCUUCAAGAUACCGAGGACGCUGCCAAAGCUGUGGUGCACGAGUUCUCCGUACGAAGGAAACUUUUCAAAUCCGUGAUGACCCUCAUAAAGAGAUGCUUGUCGUUUAUAUUCCUGAAGAUCAUUCUCGACGCUCUGAGUUACAAUGACAAAUAUUUAUCAGAUAUCGAAUUCGACAACGUCUACGUGACGUCUUAUUUCCGGAGAAUAGACGCGAGGAGGAAAGUUCGUGGCAGUUUGACCUUGCUGCCGUUCAAGAAACUCGAAAAGAGGAAGUUCAUCGAUCCCUACCAUCCGAUACCGGCCAAAAUCGAAGGAUUUCACUUGAUAGGUCAGCUGGUUAAACUUCUUCUUGAAUUCAUCAUCGUGACCAUUUUCGUAAUCCUCGAUUGGCUGUUCUACGAAGUGUUGGAUAUAAUCAGAAGGCACGCUUACAUGGAAUAUACCCAGAGAGGCCACCACGAUCUGAACCUAGAGAUCCGAGGUACUGGAGUGAUCGCGUCGUUGAUCAGAAGCGCGGUCCGCGGUUUCAACGUGAAGAAACGGGUGAAAACCGUAGUAACGAACAAGGCUUGCCUACCACAGCCCACCAAGCUUCCAGGCUACGUGAUAUUCAAGAUAUACGGCACCUUCUUCUUGGUCUUCCUUCUCAUCUUCGGUUCCAUCUACACGCAGAGGAUGCGUCGCGGCAUUUGCUCGUUCUUUUAUCGAAGAAGGGAGAAGAGGCGGGUAUUGUACCUGUACAACGAGACGCUACGGCGAAGGCUUAUGCACGCCAAGUUCAUGAAGGCCAAGGUGAGGAACAUGGCCAGAACACGCCGUUUGGAGUACGAGAUUGAUUUCUGGUUGGCGCUCAGGCUCAAGUGGCCGAAACGUUUUGGAUGGUUGAGAUACUUCGAAUGCGCAAGGGAGAGGUGUUUGAUUUGCGAGGAUCCGGAGCCCAGGAAAGGGCCGAGGUAUCGGCCAUGCCCCAAUCCGAGUUGUCCAUUCUUGUAUUGCGAAGAAUGUUGGAGGGACGUAGGGAGGAUUUGCUACGCUUGCGCAGAUUUCUCUGACACGGAGACGGAAGAAUACGACACUCAACGCAGUGAUUUCUAGAUUUGCAUAUAAUGGAUUUGUUUGAUUGAUCAUAAAAGUGGAUACUAGUUGUUUUAUAACACGAUAUUAAUUGUUAUUCACACUUGAAGUUAUUCACAUCUUCAAGGAUAUAGUAUAUGUGUAUUGUUGAGUAUAUUAAUUUAAGUUUCUUGAAAAAAAUGAUAGAGAUAAAGCAAAGAAAGUUGGAGAUGGAGUAUAUACGUCGAUGCAGUGAUUUUUUUUAAUUGAACGUCAGAUAUACAUUAAGUUGAGUACAAUUCUGGAAGAUGGAAAAGAAAAAUGAUUCUUGAGAAUGAGAAAUAUGAAAAAUGAAAAGAUGCUACGAUUCGAUUUAUACUUAAAUAAAUUUGAAUACAAAGAAAAUCUUAUCGAUAAAUUUAUAUAAAUCUCGAUUAUCAACAAUACGUAUUAUAUUAAAAAUACAUUUUUUUCUCUCAAGGCUCUAACGAUACUAAUCAAGAAUCUAUUCACUGGUUAUUCUUAGAUAAAUUACAUAUCAUUGGAAAUAGCAAGGUCAUCUCUACUAUUGGUCAUUCUACUCAUAAAUCUCGCAACAUCGUAGCAACAAGAAAUCUCAGAUUCCAUGAAAAAGAAACGAGAAUUUAAAACGUACAUUUUACCAUAUUGAAUUUACGCUGCAUCCUGGGAUGGAAUACAAAAUGUCUCGAAGUAGAAUCAUUUCUGGUUUAACAAUACAAUGACUUUGUCGAUUCCUGGCAGUUAUGCGCCUCUUUAUUAAAUUUCCAUGAAAUCAACGUUGCAUCAAGAUAACGUUAGCUCAAGUAUAACGAACGAUUUACAUCCAUUUCACGUAAUUGAAGGAAAGAUUGCGAUUAUACGAUGAAUACACGAGGACACGAGAUUUCACAAAUUGGUUAAAUUCUGUUCACAUAUGUACGAUAAAAAUAAUGCAUCUCCUCCUUGGAAGAAGGAUACUGAAUUUAAUCAUCGUUUCUAUCCAUAUUCUAUCACUCUCUCUAUGUUUCAUAAUUUUUAAUAAUUUAAUGCAACCAUUAUUAUUUCGUCUGAUAUUACUAUUUUAAUAUUAUGACAUUACAAAAAUUUAUAAAACAUUCAAAAGUAUAAUAAAUGGAUUAUUAUAAUCCGUUCCAAGUUCAAGUCAAAUCCUAUAUUUACGUAAAUGAAUCGGUUGAUUCAUCAAAACUCGGCGUUCAAGAGGAAAUGAUCCUUUCGUGCGCAUUUUUCCUAACGAAUUACGCGGCAGAUACAAUUUCCUUUGAAUGGUAUGAUAAGUAAUUCGUGCAACUAACGAGCCGUGCAACGAAAUAUACGUAUAUAUAAGAUCUCCACGCUAACGAGCUCAACGUUCAGUAAUCGAAAAAGUCAACAACGGUGAAUCUCUCUCCCCAAGAUGAAGACUAUACUGAUGGCUCUCGUGGCUGUUUGCUUCCUGCUCGGUGAAGUAUUCUCAGAAGACAAAUACACGACGAAGUACGACAACGUCGACAUCGAUGUUGUCCUCAACACCGAGAGACUUUUGAACGGGUACGUGAACUGUUUGCUGGAGCAAGGCCCGUGCACCCCCGACGCUGCUGAACUUAAGAGUAAGCAAGAAAUUUUACUUAACUCGUAUCGUUAAUUUAACCAAAUUAUUAUAUCGUUAUUAUUUUUUAACAGACAUUAAGCGAUACAAAAAUGAAAAUAGUAUAUAAAACAAA